GACACCUGUCCCGCCCGGCUCGCCGUCGGAACCAGGAAGUGCGAACUGUGACACUAGUUAGCCUGUUAGCUUCUCGCGAAAAAUGUCCAGUAAACAAUAAUAAUUUGUAUGUCGAUUGUGAAGGAUGUGGCGGAGAUGUGGCUAAAUAAUGGGAAACGUAUUUGGGAGAAAGAAUCGAGCUUCUCGCGUAACGGAGCAGGACAAAGCCAUUUUGCAACUGAAGCAGCAGAGAGACAAGCUGAAGCAGUAUCAGAAAAGAAUCAACUUAAAGUUGGAAAAAGAGCGAUUUCUGGCCAAACAGCUGCUUAAAGAUGGCAAGAAAGAGAAAGCACUACUCCUUCUUAAGAAGAAAAGGUAUCAGGAUCAGUUAUUAGACAAGACAGAAAAUCAGAUUUCAAACCUGGAGCGCAUGGUUCAAGAUAUUGAAUUCAUGCAAAUUGAGAUGAAAGUCAUCGAGGGGCUUAAGGUUGGCAAUGACUGCCUGAAAAGUAUGCACGAGGUCAUGUCCUUAGAAGACGUGGAAAGAAUCAUGGAUGAGACCCAAGAAUCGAUUGAAUAUCAAAGGCAAAUAGAUGAAAUGUUGGCUGGAGCCCUGACACAGGAGGAUGAGGAUGCUGUUUUGGCUGAGCUGGAAGCUAUCACUCAGGGAGAAGAUGUAGCACUUCCAGAAGUCCCCGCUGAACCGAUACCAGACGUACCAGAAGCAGCUACAGCUAAGCCAGAGAGAAAAGAAGCAAGGAACAAGCCGAACAGAGAGAUGCUAGCAGCCUGACAGAUACAGCUUGAGGCUGAUAACCAACUGCAAAUAAAUAGAGCAAAAUAUCUUCUUUUCUUUUCUUUCCUUAGAUUUGGUGUGCAAGGGUGAGACCUGCCCACAUCACAUUUUCAUACAUUUUACUCAUUCAGCGCUGUCUUACAGUAAAAUAUGCUCUCCUGAAGUGACUAAAUAAAAGUAACAUCUUUUA